AUGAAGUUAGUUGGAGUUACYUUAAUACUCGUCAACGCGAUUUCUUYGGUGUGGGGUCAUGGUUACAUGAUUGAACCCGCCGCCAGAAACGCCUGCUACAAGAAGUUUAACCAAUGUGUACCUAAUUACAAUGCMAACGAGCAGUUCUGUGGUGGAAGAGACGUCAUGAUCUCGCAUGAUGGAAAGUGUGGAGCUUGUGGUGACGAAUAUGGAAAAAAGAUUCAUGUUUAUCCUGGGAAGUACGCAACCGGUUUUAUUACCAAGACGUACAAGCAGGGUCAAGUGAUAACAGCCAAGAUCCACAUCACAGCCAAUCAUCAAGGAUGGUUUGAGUUUAGAGUAGGUGACAUAGGGACCCCUCCCAUCACACAAGCGAAGUUCACUUACCUUUUGAAGACAACAGAGGGCAACACGAGAAUUCCAUUGACCGGAACUGGAGAUAGCUACGAGACCAUCAAACUUCGCCUCCCUGCUGGCUUGACCUGUAAGCACUGCGUUAUUCAAUGGUGGUGGAAAUGUGGCAACAGUUGGGGGUGUGAUGCCGAUGGGUGYGGYCUUGGACACGGUCAUCAAGAGACGUUUGUUAACUGUGCUGAUAUACAGAUCGUACCCCGUGGCGGUGUCGUACCCCCAGUUACAGAAACACCCCCUCAAACCCCCCCUGUGACUGACCCAUCUCCAAACACACCAGCACCGACUGAGUCACCAAACACCCUUCCACCAGGCUUACCCUAUAAGAAUUGUAAAGCUACAGGCCCAUUUACUGGUAAUGCAAGACUGGACAAAUAUUGUAAAAGGAAGUGUGCCGCAGGGACCUGYCCUCGGCCCACUUGUAAAUGUGAAAAACAUUAAGAAACCAAAUAAAGCGUUCAUAUAUG